AUGAAGUGGACUACCAUUGCAACCGCUCUUGCAGCCAUGCCUCUGGCAUCGGCUGCCGGAUACUCUAAGGAGCAGUACCGCUCUGGUGAAGUCAUGGAGAAGAUGAUGGCGGCAAAGGAGGGUGCUUGGGCUAAGCAGCGCGCCGCUGGUGCUUACGACAACAAGAAGUGGAAGGAUUUCCACAAGAAGCGCGUCAACAAGAAUCGCAUCGAGUGCGAAAACGGCCGCGUUGAGGCAGUCAAGGGUGACGCCGACCAGACCUACAAGUGCAAGAACAUCGUGCUAACGCCACCAUGGGACUUGUACGAUUUCAAGACACACGAGGAACUUGGUAAUCCCCCUCCCGUCUCUGAGGGAUCUGGUUCGUGGGGAUGGACGCACAAGGGCCGUGAGUUCAUUGCCAUUGGUCAGACCAAUGGCACUGCAUUUGCGGAGGUCACCUCCAAGGGCGAGCUUGAGUACCUUGGCCGCCUCCCAGCCCAGGCCUCGCCUGUCAUCUGGCACGAGAUGAAGAGUCUGGGUGAUUACCUCUUCGUUGGUUCUGAGGGUGCAGGUCACGGAGUACAGAUCUUCGAUUUCAAGAAGCUCCUCAAGCUCAGCCCCAAGGAACCAAAGGUCUUUGACCCAGCAACAGACCUCACUGCUUGGUUCAACGACCUCACUGAGGGCGCUGGUAUUGCCGGCCGUUCCCACAACGUCGUCACCAACGAGGAGAAGGGCUACGCUGUAGCUGUCGGUUCAGGUGGACGUGCUGGCCGUAACGACACAUGUGCUGGAGGUCUCAUCUUCAUCAACGUCGACGACAUCACCAAGCCUUACAAGGAGGGCUGCGCGCCCCAGGACGGUUAUGUCCACGACGCUCAGUGCAUUGUGUACCGCGGACCCCACAAGAAGUACUACGGCCGCGACAUCUGCUACGGCUACAACGAGGACACAUUGACCAUUUACGACGUCACCAACAAGAAGGGCUUCAACGCCUCGACCGUAAUUUCGCGUACCCCCUACAAGGGCGCUUCCUACACUCACCAGGGCUGGGUCCUCGACCCCUACUGGCAGACUCACCUCGUCAUGGACGAUGAGCUCGACGAGGGUGAGAUCGAAGGCGGUAUCGACACCGACCCAGAGUCUGUUGCUAAGGACGGAUACCCUGCGACCUACAUCUGGGACAUCACCAACCUCGAGGCUCCCAAGAACACCGGCUACUACAAGUCUACCACGCGCGCCGUCGACCACAACCAGUUUGUGCACGACGGCCUUGCGUACCAGUCCAACUACCAGGCCGGUCUGCGCAUUCUCGAUGUCAGCUCUAUCCCUCGCCACCCUGACGGCUCCCGUGUUGAAGAGAUUGCUUACUUUGACGUUUUCCCUGGUGACGAUGCUGUUGCCGGUGGUGGUCAGGCGCUCUGGGAUGCUGGUACAUGGUCACACUACACUUUCCCAAGUGGCUACACCGUGAUCAACACUAUUGAUCGUGGUGCAUUUGUUGUUAAGCCUAAGUUUGGUCGUGGAAAGGGCAAGUACUUCGGCCAGUACUAA